AUGGUGGCCAUACUAGUCCUCUUCGGGAAAUCCACGCUUUUUCCUGGCAGCCGUCGUCAAGCUGUGGCAUUUGUCUUCCUUCUGCUCUGCCAAAGAUUUUCACCUGCUCAGAGCGUUCUCUUAAAUUGCGGCACUAAGACAGCCGUUAGUCGCAAGCUCAUCCUGGCCUCAAGCGUCAUCGCUGGCUAUCGACUCCGUCUCUCCGCGAUUCUCUGCCACCUCCGAUUCUCCUCCAGCAUUGCUGCAGAUAUGACUUACGAACACGAACGUCGAGUCGCCGAACUUGCUGUCCAACGGGCCACGCUGCUUACGAAAAAAGUCUUUCACGAGAAGGCCAAAGGAGAAUUGUCCAAGGACGACAAGUCGCCAGUGACAAAAGGCGAUUUCGGCGCCCAGGCCCUAAUAAUUCAAGCCAUUUCAAAGAAUUUCCCCGAGGACGAGAUCGUAGCAGAGGAAGAGUCGAGUGAACUGAGACAGGAUUCAGCUUUGCGAUCAGAGAUCUGGGACUUGGUGAAAGAUAUCAAAUUGAAUGACCAGCCUAGUGAUGAACUACUCGGUGGCUCAUUAGAGAAUGAGGAAGCAAUGAUGGCUGUGAUCGAUCAGGGAAAAUCCCUCGGCGGGUCAAAGGGUCGUAUUUGGGCAUUGGAUCCCAUCGAUGGUACAAAGGGCUUCUUGCGAGGCGGGCAAUACGCCGUCUGUCUUGCCUUGAUAGUCGAUGGCGACGUGAAGGUAGGCGUCAUUGGAUGCCCCAAUCUUCCAGUCGAUGACUCCGAGUCUCUCACCGUCGGUAUCGGCAGUCAACAGUCAGACGAAGAUGGCAAAGGCGUCCUCUUCUCUGCAGUCCAGGGGGAAGGAGCCGUGAGCCGACCUCUGACAAGUGCCGGACUUUCACCAAGCAAGCCCAUUCAUAUGCGCCCAGUCCCAGACGUCUCUCACGCUGUGUUCUGUGAGGGCGUUGAGGCUGCUCAUUCCAACCAAGGUGACAACGCUGCAGUCGCGCAGCGCCUUGGCAUCAGUGCCCCAAGCGUGCGAUUGGAUUCUCAGGCCAAGUAUUGCUCGAUUGCUCGGGGUGCCGGGGAUAUCUAUCUCCGCCUACCUGUAAAGAAAGAUUACCAAGAAAAGAUUUGGGAUCAUGCAGCUGGUGACCUGCUUGUUCGCGAAGCUGGCGGCCAAGUGACCGACAUCUAUGGCAAACGGCUUGAUUUUACCAAGGGAAGGACCCUGAAGGACAACAAGGGUGUUGUGGCUGCCCCGGUUGCUCUUCAAGAUCAAGUUAUAGAUGCGGUGCAGAUUGUCCUAAACUUGAAAUAG